AUGCCGUUGCCGACGUGUAGCAUUUGCAUUGAGCCAUUCACCCAGCCUGUCUCGCUGCCUUGUGGCCACGUCUUCUGCCGAUUGUGUAUACGCAAGAAUGUGGAGUCAGAGGCUAGCAAGAGCUCAACACUGCAUCUGUGUCCAAGCUGUCGGACACCAUAUAGCAUCAUAACAAUAGACCCAGCGCUUGUGCCCUCCCACAUGCGUCCUCACAUUCGACCUUCAAUGCGUCCCCUUUUUCUCGACUCUUCGUCACCUGCUCCGUCUCCAUUACCUCCCGCCCCAUUACCGCAACCACAAGCUCAAGCUUCGAGCGAGUCGAGUUCUCUUGCCCAAGCUCAAGCUGAGAUCGCCGCUCUCCGUCUUGCUUGUUCUGUGUGGCGCCGUCGCGCGGAACAACAUGCGACGGCCAAUCACGGCCUGCUUUCGUUCGCCCGAGCAGCCAAAGACUGUGCUCUCCGCCUACGCUCAGAGAGAGAUUCGGCUCGCUCUAGGUGUACCUUGUUGAAACGGACAUUGGCAGAGACAGUUGAAUGUCAGUCAGAUAUGUUGGGAGCGCCGGGCGACAACAUUCGAGCUCAUCUAACCACCGACGCCGCUGACUAUGCUGCUGAUACGAAGCAUGCCCAAGCCUGCGUGGGAAUGGGAUUGGGUGGUGGUGGUGGAUUGCCGGUUUACCUGGUUCAGGCCGCCACGCGUCCCGCAAGCCACUUCUAUGACAACCCGGCAGACGUGGAGGCCAGUCAUUUCGGACCCCCGAUGAAGAGAAGGAAAAUAAUCGACGAUGCGAGUCCGACGGGGACGAGCAACUCGAUGCAGACAACCACAAAUGACAUGCCUCCCUCUACAACAUUCACCCUACCAAUUGCCGCCCCGGCGCUCGAGACACUGGCGAGCGUCUCGCUCGGCUCCAAUAUCAACAUCAGCGAGGCGAUUCCAUCGAUCAAACACAUCUUGGACUCUUUCCACCAUGCCAUAUAUACAUCCACUCUGCCCAAACCCUACAGUGAAGUCCGUGAGGCAAAUAGUUCAAACUGGAAAGAUCGUGCUGCACAGGAGGCCCCGGCUGCCAAACUGUGGCAUUGGUCGAAAGUUGGAAAAGUGAUAUGGAAGGAAUGCUCAUUUUUGCCGGACUCUUCUCAGCAAGUCUGACUGCUUUUCUUAUUGAAAGCUAUAAAACACUUACACCUGACUCAAAUGAGCUGACUGCUCACUUACUUAGUCAAAUCUCUUCUCAGCUUGCAAAUGGAACAGCACCAGUCCAAAGUUUACCACCAUACUUCAAA